AUGAAUGGUGUUAUCUGUGAGGCCCGAUUGUUCAGCUGCAGCAAUGCUGAUUGUGGGGCCACUUUCUCAAGGGAAUGGAAGUUAAAGGAACACGAGACUCUGCACACCGGAGCUCGGCCCUGCCAGUGCGCAGUCCUUGGAUGCGGUCGUCGCUUCAAGAGGACAUCCCACCUGAAACGCCACUUGGUGCAGCAUAAAGGGAUUAAACAGUUCCAAUGCAAAAUGGCAAACUGUGGAAAGAUUUUCUUCUUUGCAAACAAGUUGAAAAGGCACACGCACUUCGCACAUGGAGACAAAGAUGGCUUUUUUAAGUGCAUCCAACCAACCUGCAGUCUGAGCUUCAAGAAGCGCAGAAUGUUAAAGCUGCACUUAAAGGAGCAUGAUGUGCCUGCAGCGUUCAAUUGUACCAAGGAUGGAUGUACUGAAACAUUCAGCUCCCACAUCGCACGCAAAGCCCAUGAAAAGAAGCAUGCAGGUUACCUCUGCCCUCAUGAAGGCUGCCAGGUGCUUGAACACACCUGGGGAAAACUUCAAAAACACAUGGCCAAACAUCCAGCUACUGUUACCUGCCCAGUCUGCAAAAAGGAGUUUAAGAAGGGUGCUGCUCUGCAGAGGCACAAACGGUCCCACGCUUCCCACAAGCCGGUGCUCAUGUGUCCCAAAGAAAACUGCCAGGCCUACUUCUCCACAACCUUUAACUUGGAGCACCACAUUCGCAAGGUGCAUCUGCAGUUGUUGAAAUACAAGUGUUCCUUCCCUGACUGCCCCCGGAUGUUUGCUAUGAGGGAGAGCAUGCAGAGGCACCUUCUUCAGCAUGACACCACUGCCGCAAAGCUGGGGAAACGAAAGAGACUAAAGAAAACCUGGCAGAAGCGCUUGAAUGGAAACGAUCAUCCGCUGGUGGAGGAUAACCUGGGACGUCUCUUUACCCUCCGCAUGCGGAUCUCCAGACGUGCCAAAGUGGAAACCAACCUUUCAGGCCUGUUCAGUGAACGGAAGAUCCCUCACUAUGUAGAUCCAGAAGUCAACUUGCGCGGCUUGUUUGGGAUUAAGCAGCCGCGUCCUUUGGAGAUGCCAGAGGUUGCAUCGGUGAAAAGUUGAAAAAUGCAUUGA